AUCCAAAUAUUUAAAGAUCAGAACAAUACGAAUGUCCACGAUUAAAAUAAUUAGGUACAUCUCCGGGAGUUGAUAGUUUUACCUUAACAAGCUGAUUGGGAAAUAACGUUAGAAAUGAAAUUCCUCAACGUCACUGACAAUCAACGUGUUAAGCUGAAAUCGGACAGAGGAAUUAGGACAGAGAUGCACGCAACGUAUGCGCAUUUUCUUCAGGGUCUCAUGAGGCUAACGGACAUGUCCUUCGCGAUGUUGUACGUCGGAUGGCUCAAUUACCUCAUGAUCACCGUGUUACCCGUGACGAUCUUGUGCGCGAUCCUGCUAUCGCCCGUGUUCGCGACCACAAACGUAUUAGUCAGCGCGAUCUUCGUCGCGAUGUAUAACGUCCUCGCAGUGCUCUUCAUGUUCACUAUCGGCACAUUCUUCAAUCGCUCUACGAAGGCAGUGCUCACGUCGAUCCUGUUCUGGAUUUUCCUCGCGCAUUUCACCCUCGUCCUCGAUCAGUCCCUCGCCGGGGCGCCCCACGUCUGGAGGAUCGGUUCGUUGCUAUUGCCGCACAGUGGCUUGCUGUACGGACUGGUGGCCUUCACAUCGCGUACGGUUCCGGACGGUUACGGGAAUGAAGAUCUGAGAAAUAUCCUCGGAGAAAUGAGACCACGCGAUCACUCCGCCGGUCCCGCUUCAAACUUGUGGCCGCGAUGGCUCGUCGAACUGAUAACACUUCGCGACACUCACGCUAUCGUACACGCGAAAGAAAAGAUCUCCAUCGGCGCGAUCCUGUUCGCGUGGAUCUUACACAUUGCUUUCUGGUAUCUGGCGGCGGUGUACUUGGACAACGUUAACCCGGGAAAAUUCGGUAGUGCGAAAUCUUGGUAUUACUUGUGCAAGAAACCGACUCGCGACGAGGACGGGGAAGUGAGAUAUCGAGGAUCGACUAAUUGGUCGGCGGUGGAGCAUAUCCCGUCGUAUAUAACGCCGUCUAUUCGGGUAAGAUGCGUCAGCAGAAGAUUCGGCAGGACUGGCGAUUAUGUUACCGCCGUGGACGACGUGACGAUCGAUUUUUACCGUUACGAGUUCAGCGUCAUCCUCGGUCACAACGGUGCCGGCAAGAGCUGUUUAUUAAAGAUGAUUAUAGGAAUGUACAAGCCGACUCACGGUCGCGUCUACUUGGAGAGCAGGAACGACAAUGACAACGGAAGUGUUCCGAUCGGUUAUUGCCCGCAGGAGAAUAUAUUGGUGAAUUAUAUGACGACGGUGCAGCAUCUUUAUAUGUUCGGAAUGAUGAAAGGGAUGCCGUACGAGGAGGCCUAUAGAGAAUCGUUGAAACUACUGAAGCAACUCAGUUUAGAAUCCGUUAAAGAUUCGAAGGUGAAACAUUGCUCCUUUGGUACGCAGAGGAGAAUUUGUUUAGCAAUGGCGCUUAUCGGCAAUACUGAGAUUCUGGUCCUCGAUGAACCUACAUACGGAAUCGACCUCGAACACAGAAGACAAAUGUGGGACUUGCUUUCAGAUAUUAAAAGAAAGAAAACAAUAUUAAUGGCAACGAAUUCCAUGGAAGCCGCUGAUUUCCUCGCGGACAGGAUCGCGAUUAUCGCAAAUGGAAGGAUCGAGUGUUACGGCUCGAAGAUGUAUCUAAAUCGUCGAUAUGGAAUCGGUUACGUUUUGAGCCUGUUGAUGCAAGAGGGUGCAGAUGUGGGACGACUUCGUGCGGAAAUACAGAGUUUCUCGGCGGAUCCGAUCACUCUGCGGAGUGUGAUGGGUUUGGUAGUGAGAUUCGAUGUGCCGCGGAACAGUCGCUUCACUAAGUUGCUCCAACGUCUGGAAUCGAGAAAAGAGGAACUGGGGAUCGUGUCGAUUACGUUGAGCAUCGCGAGCAUCGAGAGUCAAUUACUCAGGAUAGGUUUGUCGAGUCAAUUCAAGGAGCGCUGCGUGCAACUACCCGACGACAAGUACGAGCUUAUCGUGCGAAAGAGACGGCGGGACUUAUUACGGACAUCUAAAACAUGGGAGCGAUUAACAGGCAAAGCUUUACGGCGGCAGCAAGUUCUCGUGAUGUUCUAUAAGAAAUUGCUGCAUAUCGCUUCGUCCUGGAGAAUAUACGUGUAUUCGAUGACACUGGCAAUCGUUACUCUGACCCUGACCACAAUGAUCAGCGAGUUGAGCAGUUUCGUGCCUUUCGAUAUGACCGAGAGAGUUAUGAAUCUGACGAAUUACGUACACACCAAUGACCUCCACGUGCUUUAUUACGCGGCCGCCGACAAAUCCUCGAGAGACUUCCUGGUCGCGUUGUACACCACUGGUCAGUCGUACAGCGAUAGGCACAAUUAUCACGUGUCCAAAAACACCACCGCCACGGACCUCAUGAUUCAUCCCGACUUGCACUCGAUAGAGGUAUAUCGUAGAGACUUUACAUUCUCCGCAAUUUUACGUCAAGCUUCAGCGAAUGUUUCGUGUGAUAGUUCAGAGAUCGUUACGUGAUGUCAAUCGACGUGCACUCAAACGGACGCGUUCAACUCAUGUACUCGCCCAUCGCAGUGCACAGCGGGCCGAUCGCGUUAAAUCUAUUGCACAACGCGUUAUUGCGUUAUCACACCCGGUCGGAAGAUCGCGCGAUCAAAUUGACCAGUCGGCCAUUGGUGAAUCGGGGACAGGUAAUAAUUCUGUCGUUAAUUGACUGACGAAACUAUUAAAUAAAUUAACAUCUACGCGCCUUGUAUUAUCGGAAAAUUUUAUACUCUUUCGCGCUAUUAGACUAAAUUAUCACGCUCAAAUAUCUAGUAACUGCCUCCUACUGAAUAUUUUUUUUUCCUGAUUGAGUAAACUGAUUUCACAAGUACUGGCUAUUUUUAAGCUUAACGUAGCUAACCAAGCACGAACAGUAAUCUUAUAUGACAUUUUUAAAUACGCGAAAGUUUAAAAAAUUAUUUAGCUUAUUUAGUAAGGUAAGCAAAAAUUCGUUAAAGGAGAUUAAAAUAUUCUUUUCUCAUUUGCCUUAAUCUAGAUUCUUAUAUUUAUUUGUUUGUUCAAUAUUUGAAUUAUUUUCUAAAUAUACACACAUUAAUCAGUACAUUAGAAUGCUAAGGACUGAAAUAACCUUCUCACACAGCGGCAACACUUGAUGGUCAGUCCGCGGAGUAUAAAAAUUUGGGAGAACGCGGCGAUAGCAAUAACCCUGUUUCUCCUUCUACCCUCGAUUGACAUGGGCAUACGAGAGCUGAACACACUUUCGAAAGUACUACAAACCAACGCGAUCGGGAUGUCCACUCGGAUCUAUUGGAUCCCGAUGUACAUCGUCGAUUUCCUAUUGUACGCGUUGUCUGUAAUCGGAAUCGGAAUCGCAACUGUAAUUGCUUACCAACGAACGUUGCGCUUUUCGGUUGUAGAAAUUGGUAAGAAUUUUCAGAUAUAUUGACUGCAUUCAGUAGA